AUGCUGACGACCUUAUGUCGCUUGCUGAUGGGUUCGUCCCAGACGCGACAGAACGGGAUAGAACCACUUCGCAGGGAUUUCUGGAAUGACUACCCCUACCAUCUGCUGGAAGAGGUGCGGGAAAAGUCUAUGUACUACUAUUCGCGUGUGAGAAGAAAGGCCUGGGUAUUGAUCGGAAUCUUGGCCGCGCUGGUUAUUAUGUACCUUGCUACCGUCACCGUCACUUUCCAGCGACCAUGCAUCAUCCGUGACGGACACUCCUGUGACCACCCUGUUAUUCGACUCGCCAAAAAUGCUCAGAAAUCGUUUAACACGACCCGAGACGCUCAAUCCCAGUCUCUCGAUGAAGCUGUUGCCGAAUACCGCCGGCGUUACCAGAUGCCGCCGCCUCCCUAUUUUGAUAAAUGGUACGAGUUCGUGACGGAGCGCCAGACGAUGAUGAUCGACGAGUUCCACAAUAUAUAUCAUGCCAUUCUUCCCUUCUGGGGCCUCGCUCCGAGCACGAUCCGCGCGCGCGCCCGAGAGGACUUAGGACGCCCAAACGUCCUGAUGGAGGUAACUAUUCAUCAUGGUCUGCCAAUUUGCAAGAAUGGCGGCCAAGGCAAUUUCCAGGAAGAUGGGACCAUCGAGUCGCUACGAAAAUUUGCGCAGUGGCUGCCAGACAUGAAUUUGGGGUUCAACGUGCACGACGAGCCACGUGUGGUGGUACCGCACGAGGAGCUUAAUCGGCCAGUCUUAGAAGGCCGCAAAGCCCAAGCUCGAUUAAAUGGCAAAGGCGUUACUCUGAAGCCUUAUUUCACCCAGCAGAAGUUUGAGGAGCCUGUUCCGGUGCAUUUUAACAGGUUCAUAGAUAUAGAAAAGCAAGAAACCUGGCUCUACUCGCGGCUAUUGUGCCCGCCUAGUCCAUGA